UCAAAGUUAAUUCAGAGUGGGUCUCAAGAGUGCAGCACUGAUGAAAUGCAUAGGAUUUUAGAUGAUUGUCUGUACUCAACUGUGAUCCAGGUCUCCUUGAUUUUUCUUUUAGUGCUGAACUUCUUUCAAUAGCAGGAUUAGUUUCUCUGGAAGUAAUUUAGCCAUACAAGUAGACUAGGUAGUGAAGCAACAAAGAGUCAGGGACUCAGGCACAUUUAUCUCAGUUCCCAUGCCGACAGAAUCUUGUGAUACUAGGAUCCAAAUAUCUGAACCCAACCUAUCUAGCUGAUCAACAACAAGCAACCUUGAGUUGAGAACAUCCAAAGAUUUCCAACCGGUUUCGGCGCGAAUAAAUAGACCCCCUGAUCGAAUCCUUGGUCUCCAUCAAUCGCCACAUCCAUCAACACAUUCUACAAAGUCCAGAACUCACAACAACACUAGAAUUUCUGCACUGUUCAUCGUCCGAAACUGUGUUGACAUAUGUUAACAGUUGGAAAGAUGGCUUGCAAUGUGCUCAUUUUCUCUGCAUAUGUCGUCGUCAUGUCGUUCUUCUUGUGUAGUGUUCAUGCCAAGGUCAACAUGAAUGCAUCAUUCCAUUUAACUAGUGGAGAUGAUAGUCUCAGAGGCAGGUCUCUUGAGUCAAAGAAGGUGGUGUUCGAUGUGCGCAAACAUGGCGCUUACGGAGAUGGACAACAUGAUGACACGAAGGCAUUGGCAAAGGCAUGGGCUGCAGCUUGCUCCUCUUCGCAACCUUCCAUUGUUCUCAUCCCAAAGGGCAAGAGAUACCUCACCAAGCACAUUACACUAUCUGGUCCAUGCAAAUCAAGCAUCACGUUCAUGAUAGAGGGUACGUUGGUGGCUCCUCCAAAGAGGUCAGAUUGGAGCAAGGAAACUAUUAGGCACUGGAUUAUGUUCAAUGGUGUGAGUGGCCUUACUGUCGCUGGUGGUGGGACUGUCGAUGAAAACGGCAAGAUUUGGUGGCAAAAUUCCUGCAAAACGAAUGCAAAACUUCCAUGCACUGAAGCUCCAACGGCCUUGACAUUCUACUCCUGUUCAAAUCUGAAAGUGGAGAACUUGAAGCUACUAAACAGCCAACAAAUCCACAUGUCAGUUGAGGAUUGCACUGAUGUUAGGAUCUCUAGCCUGACAAUCACAGCACCAGGCACUAGCCCAAACACCGACGGCAUCCAUAUCACAAGAAGUAAAAAUGUACAAGUGACAGGCUGCAUAAUCAAGACCGGGGAUGACUGCAUGUCGAUUGAGGAUGGAACUGAGAACUUACAUGUCAAGAACAUGGUGUGUGGACCGGGACACGGCAUCAGCAUCGGGAGCUUAGGCGAUCACAACUCUGAAGCUCAUGUCAACAAUGUCACCGUCGACACCGUCAGGCUAUAUGGCACAACCAACGGAGCUCGCAUCAAGACAUGGCAGGGCGGUUGGGGCUACGCGAAGAACAUCGUGUUCCAGAACAUGAUCAUGGAAAAUGUUUGGAACCCAAUCAUUAUCGACCAGAACUACUGUGAUUCUGCUACACCCUGCAAGGAACAGACAUCUGCGGUGCAAGUUAGCAAUGUGGUCUUCAAGAACAUCAGGGGCACAAGUGCUUCCAAGGAGGCUAUCAAACUGGACUGUAGCAGAAAUGUACCUUGUCAAGGAAUAACCUUGAAGGACGUCAAGCUCACUAUCAAGGGAGGUGGUAGUGAUGCCAAGAGCACUUGCGGAAACGCAAAAUGGAAGAAAUCAGGGAUAGCCCUGUGCUUUCAGUAAUCUAUCUAUCUAUCUAUUAUAUACUAAAAGUCCAUUAAA